AUGCACUCCUAUUCCUUGCAGACUCUGUUCCCCUUCAUGCUCUUUAAUCAGUUUGCAUUAACUGAUUUCUAGGAUGGAAUCUGGUUAUGUGUGAAAAGAAGCGAUCAGCUGUAGAAAGCUUCCACAAUGCUGGUGCUGGUGUUCAUGCCUCUCAUUCUUUGUCUGAGCAAGUCAGCUUUGGCUUCCUUUGGCUCCAUUGCUGAGAAUGAAGAUGCUCUCCUGAGGAACUUAUUUCAGGGGUAUCAGAAAUCAGUUCGACCGGUUGAAAACUCCAAUGAUACAAUAAAAGUCCUCUUUGGAUUAAAGAUAUCUCAGCUAGUGGAUGUGGAUGAAAAGAAUCAGCUGAUGACGACAAAUGUGUGGCUGAAACAGGAGUGGGUAGACCACAAGCUGUGCUGGAACCCCCAGGACUACGGUGGGAUCACAGCGAUCCGCGUUCCCUCAGAAUCGCUCUGGCUCCCAGACAUUGUUUUAUUUGAGAAUGCUGAUGGACGGUUUGAAGGCUCCCUGAUGACCAAAGUCAUUGUGAAAUUCAAUGGGGUAGUUACCUGGACUCCACCAGCCAGUUACAAGAGUUCCUGCACUAUGGACGUUACAUUUUUCCCAUUUGAUAGACAGAAUUGCUCCAUGAAAUUUGGAUCUUGGACAUAUGAUGGCAGCAUGGUGGACUUGAUCCUUAUAGAUGAAAAUGUAGACAGAAAAGACUUCUUUGAUAAUGGAGAGUGGGAAAUCCUAAAUGCCAAAGGCAUGAAAGGCAACAGGAAGGACGGGUUAUAUUCUUACCCAUUCAUCGCUUAUUCCUUUGUUUUAAGACGCCUCCCCCUGUUUUAUACUCUUUUCCUAAUCGUCCCAUGCCUUGGAUUAUCUUUUCUAACUGUGCUAGUGUUUUAUUUACCUUCUGAUGAAGGAGAAAAACUUUCAUUGUCUACAUCGGUUUUAGUCUCGCUUACUGUUUUUCUUUUAGUGAUUGAAGAAAUAAUCCCGUCUUCUUCCAAAGUUAUCCCUCUGAUUGGUGAAUAUCUAUUAUUCAUUAUGAUUUUUGUAACCCUUUCCAUUAUUGUGACGGUUUUUGUUAUUAAUGUGCACCACCGGUCCUCAGCAACGUACCAUCCAAUGGCUCCCUGGGUUAAGAGACUCUUUCUUCAGAAACUGCCUAGGCUGUUGUGCAUGAAGGGACAUGUAGACCGCUAUUCCCUCUCUGAUGCUACAGAAACUGCCCCAGUGCUAAAAACAAAGUUCUCAGGAAAACACAAGCACAAACAAAUAAAGGAUGGAGAAAAAAUUGUGAUUGCUUUUUUGGAAAAGGCUACUGAUUCCAUCAAGUAUAUCUCUCGACAUGUUAAGAAGGAGCAUUUCAUCAGACAGGUAGUCCAAGACUGGAAAUUUGUAGCUCAAGUCCUUGAUCGGAUCUUCCUGUGGCUAUUUUUGGUGGUAUCAGUGACAGGUUCUGUUCUAAUCUUUACCCCUGCUUUGCAGAUGUGGUUGAACAGCAGUUUGUAGAAAAAAAAAAAUCAAGGAUUGCUGUAGGCCAUGUUUUAAACACAGUUUCCCUUCAGACCUCCAUUCAGAAGUGCAGAGCAAACGAAGGAGGUAGUGAGAAUACUUCACCUCCUGGUCUCAGUAAAUGAUGUUAAGGCUGAUUAUGUCAAUGGAACUUGUCAUUCAAACAGGGCUUCACAUCCUUAAGUUGCUGUAGAGUUUGAGGGCUCUAUUGUGUUAACCUGAGGAUGGUGGGGAUUUACUCACCCAUUGAAAUCCAUGAGACUACACGGUGUGCAAAGCUUCACCAAUCAGUUCACAAUUAAUUAAUCCCAUUAAGCCUGAUUAUAUCAAAAUAUGAUUAUCUGAGUUUUUAAAUAAGACUCUUUCUUUUGGAUGCAAAUAUUCUAUUAAAAUGUGGAAUCCUCAUGUAUUUAAUGUGUUACAUUCAAAGAGAAGUUAAAUAGUAUAUUAAUAUUAUAUAGGUGCAGAUACACUGAGCUAUCCAGUAUACUUUAUCUUUAAGUGUAAUAAGCAUACGCAUUUUCUAACCUAUCUAUGUUGUGUAAGUAGCAGUUGCAUAGCAUGUGUUUGUGCAUAACAGAAAUAUAAACACAAGUGAGGCUUUUAAAAGUGCUUAGUUUUGGCUUCACUCAAUUUUUACUGAAGUCAACACAAUGUGCAUCUUAGCUGGUCUGUAGGAAUAAAAACUUUCUCUACUUUCAGAGGGGAGAUGGGGCACAUUUCAACUGCAGCCAGGCUAUCUGCACAUACUGCUCUCUGUUUCCCCCAUUGGUAAAUCAGGAAAAACAGUAGGCUUGCCUGGCUAGCUGGAAUAAUUUGUAUAUAUGUUAAAUGCUCCAACAGGUGCCCAAAGUUAUACUACCUUAAGUUUUCACUACACUGUCUUUACAAAUUAUGAUACAUCUUCUGUGUAAUUGCAGGUACAUGGAAAGGGACAAAUGGGAAAAAAUGCGGUGGCCAUCUGAAGGGAAAGUGAGUCCAUCCUAGCCUGUCAUAGAUCGAGAUUGGGUAGCUAUACCCAAGAUGAACGGAAAUAAAUUCUGGGACCUUUUUUUUCUAGGCUUCUAGUGCAACAACAACUCUAGUCAAACAUCCUAAUCAACAUGGAAUAGUUGUUAGGAACUAGUACAGGG